AGCAUCAAAACAACUCGCCAGGACCAUCCAGAAAACAGCGAAACAGGUAUCCGAGGACCGAAUUUCGCAAAAAUUCCCCCCCAAAUGGACGUGGACGAAGCUGUGCAAUCCAUUUGCGACUCGACGGCUUCGCUUACGGAAGGAUGCCGCCUGCCAGUGCGAAUGACCGGUACCAAUGAUUGGCCGCUGGCGGAGAUCAUCAGUAUCAAGGAAGCGUCGGAUAAAUCGGUGUGGUACUAUGUGCACUAUGUGGAUUUCAACAAACGGCUCGAUGAAUGGGUAUCGGAAGAGUAUUUGGACACAAGGAAGGUUCAGUUUCCUCGGAAGGAUGGUUUGGCAACUGGUCAGAAUACAGGAGUGACGACACCGAAGCGAAUACCAAUCGGUGAGCGAUCUCGUCCUGCCAGCCCUGUCCUGCCUCCGGAUAUUCUGAACGGAGGAGCUGUCCUGGCGGCCGCGCUGCAGAAGAAGAUCAACCGAAAACGAAAAGCCACCUCCACAGAGAAUGAAGACUCCCAGGAAGUUCCAACGACGCCAACGCCGCGGCAAUCGGGCAGUAUGGUGAUCCAUCAUGACGACGUCGUGACGCGCAUGAAGAACGUUCAACUGAUCGAACUCGGUCAGCAUCGGAUCAAACCGUGGUACUUUGCUCCGUAUCCCCAGGAAAUGUGUUCCAUGUCGUGCAUCUACAUCUGCGAGUUUUGUCUCAAGUACCGAAAGAGUCGGAAGUGUCUCGAACGGCACAUAAAGAAGUGCAAUCUGCGGCAUCCGCCGGGGAACGAAAUCUACCGAAAGCAAACGAUAAGCUUCUUCGAGAUCGAUGGCAGAAAGAACAAAAGCUACGCGCAGAAUCUGUGCUUGCUGGCGAAGUUGUUUCUGGACCACAAGACACUGUACUACGACACGGAUCCGUUCCUGUUCUACGUGAUGACGGAGUUCGACUCGAGGGGAUUCCAUUUGGUGGGGUACUUUUCCAAGGAGAAGGAAAGCACCGAGGACUACAAUGUGGCGUGUAUAUUGACGAUGCCGCCGUACCAGAGGAAGGGCUACGGCAAAAUGCUCAUAGAAUUUAGUUACGAACUGUCCAAGUUUGAGGGCAAGACUGGUUCCCCGGAGAAACCUCUGUCGGAUUUGGGACUGCUGUCCUAUCGGAGUUACUGGGCUCAGACGAUACUGGAAAUCCUGAUUCUGGCCAAGCCAAUCGGGGAAAACGAGAAACCGCAGAUUACCAUCAACGAAAUCUGCGAGCUGACCAGCAUCAAGAAGGAGGACGUCAUCUCGACGCUGCAGAUCCUGAACCUGAUCAACUACUACAAGGGCCAGUACAUCAUCUGCAUCAACAAGGACACAAUCGACCAGCACAAGAAGGCGAUGGAGAAGCGCAAGAUCCGAAUCGACUCCAAGUGUCUGCACUGGACGCCCAAGGACUGGUCCAAGCGAUCCAAGUGGUAACAGGUCGGUGCGUUGGCUUUAGUGUUUUAUAGUAAAGACAAACUGUGUUCCCCCCACCCCUUUCCUCCCACUCACAAUGCAACCAGCCAGCAUUAGAGCGCCCUCUCAACUCAACUCAACUCAACCCUUUCUUCCUUCCCAUCUACCUUUCUACCUACCUACUUCUGGAUGUGUGCGUUUUGCUUAUUGUGCGAAAAUGUCCAUUGUUCAAGAGCACGGGUCCCUCGUGUCGUGUAGGAACGUUUACCCUUCUACCCCAAUACCUACCU